AAUUUCGGAGUCGUCAUCUUCCUCUUCGCCCAGAUUCACUUCCUUCGAGAAGAUUCGCAUCAUUUCCCCAGUUAUGGAUUGGCAAGGACAGAAACUAGCGGAGCAGCUGAUGCAGAUCCUGCUCUUGAUCGCCGCCGUUGUGGCGUUCGUCGUUGGUUACACGACGGCGUCGUUUAGGACGAUGAUGUUGAUUUACGCGGGAGGGGUUGGUGUCACGACGUUGAUCACGGUGCCGAACUGGCCAUUCUUUAACCGUCAUCCACUCAAGUGGUUGGAACCAAGUGAAGCGGAGAAGCAUCCUAAACCGGAAGUCGUUGUUAGCUCGAAGAAGAAGUCAUCUAAAAAGUAGCAAAUCGUCUUUUGUAAUCUCUCUUUUUUUUCUAGACCUUUGAUAUAAAAAAAAAAGACAUGUUCUGGAUUUUGCUUAUGAAUAAGAUAGUCUAAAUGACAUAAUAAUUUCGAUUGA